GGUCGGGCAGCAUCUGUGUGUGGACGAUGCAGGCGGUGGCGGUGACGGUGACGGUCCGGCGGCGGCUGCUGCUGCUCUGGGGCCGCGGCUUCAGCCUCAGCCUCAGCCUCGGCCUCUCCCCGAGCGCGGCCGGCCGUUCUCAUGUCAGUUCAAUGGAGUCCCAGUGCCGAUUAAUACAGACAGGUUUACAGAAACACCAGGAACCAACAGAAAAAGAGAGACCCUCUACAGAACCGGCACAGUCCAAGCAGUCGGAGGAUUUCAGUAUUCUACCUCCAAUGCCAGGACAGGAGAGCUCUUUACGCUGGGAGGGCAAGAAGUAUCAAGAUCUACAUAUAGUGCAUGUUAAGGCCACUUAUAAUAACACACACAUUCAGGUCACCAAUCACGACGGGCUGAGCAUGGUGCGGACUUCAUGCGGUACCGAAGGGUUUAAGAAUACGAAGAAAGGAACCCCGAUUGCAGCUCAGACAGCCGCCAUUUCAGCCGCAGCGAAGGCAAUAAAUCGGGGAAUAACCUUUGUCCGGGUGAUGGUGAAGGGAUUGGGACCUGGCAGAAUGUCUGCCAUAAAAGGACUAAGCAUGGGUGGCCUUCAGGUGGUUUCGAUCACGGACAACACUCCAAUCCCCCACAAUGGCUGCCGGCCGCGCAAAGCACGCAGGAUGUGAAGCCUUGUCCUGUGCACCGAAUGCCGAAUGGCCAGUAUCCAACACACUGCAACAUGAGCUGUGCUGAAAUGUUUGCACUCUAAUUACGAUAGGCGUAUCUGGGAAGCGAGUGGAAGUUACAGCCAAAUCAGACUGUGUGGGUAAAUGAUGAGAACAUACCUUCUAAUUCAGUGUGUAGAGUCUGAUGGACAAUGUGUAGGAAGGAACUGCGGAUGCUGCUUUAAACCGAAGGUAAACACAAAAAGCUGGAGUAACUCAGCGGGUCAGACAGCAUCUGAAGAAAAGGAAUAGGUGACGUUUCAGGUCGAGACCCUUCUUCAAUCUAACCCGAACCCUCAAUCUGAAGAAGGGUCUCGACCAGAAACCUCACCUAUUAAUUUCUCCUGAGACGUUGUCUAAAAAGCUGAGUUACUCCAGCUUUUUGUGUCUAUUUUCUGAUGGACAAUGUGUUGAUUUUCAAAGCACUGAGACUCCUCAACAGCACAGACAAUUGUAAGAGGUGUCAUCAAAUAAAUUGUGAAAAUAUA